AUGAGGCGGCUCAUUCCCUGCGCCGGCCGCUCCACAGAAGACGUAGGGCCUCUCAGCGAGGACUGCGUCCCAGUAGUCUCCACCGAUGCGCUGGUGGAGCCAACGUUUAGAGACACUCGAACAGUUAUAUACCUUUGGGGUCGGCGUCUUCUGAAGGGGGAGGGAGGAGGCGAGGCUGUUGGGGGCCCCCCGGGGGCCCCCAUUGGGGGCCCCCCUGGGGGUCCCUCGGGGCCCCGGAGGGCCCCCAACGAUGAAGGCGGCUCUCUUUGCCAGCCUGUCGUGCUGCGUUCUCUUGCUGAUGUUCGUAUUGUUGAGGUUGGGGCUGGGGAAGUGCAUGCAUUAUUUCUCUCAGAUAGAGGGAAGGUGUUUGCUUACGAAUCAGCUGCCGUGCUGUCUCUGUCUCCGUUCGUGUCUGUCCCUUCUCCCUUCCUUCUCUCUGUCUCCCUCUCUUCUCCUGUCUCUGCUUGUGUCUCCGCCUCUGCGACUGUUUCUGUGUCUGUCUCCGUUCUGUUUGUCUCUGCCAGUCUUCCGCCCAUGCUUGUUUUGUGGCUCUUCAGUGGUUUAGGUGCCUCCUUGUUUAGUGUCUCCUCUUCAGGGGAGGGCCAAUGGGGCCGUUGUUGUCUCCUCCUGUCUCCUCAGGGCUCGGUGUAUUCAUGGGGAGCAGCGGACUGCGUAGGCGAUGGCAGCGGCUGCUGCGCAUACAGCCCCAAGGAGCUUCUUUUGCUGCAGGCGCUAGAGGCGUCGCAUGCAAAAGGUGUCUCCUCUCCUGUCUGCCGCCGCGUGGCGGCCAAGGGUGGUUUGUCUCUUGCUCUUAUGGUUGGGGGGCAGCUCCUGGGCUGGGGCCGUCUGCUGCAUGCACGCUUUUCUCUCUUUCCUCGUCUCCUCUUCCACUUCGCCCUCAGCCAUAGGGUCCUCCAGCUGGCCAUUGGGUCUGCCUUUGUCCUCGCGCUUACCGAGAAAGGGCAAGUGUUGGCUUGGGGAGAUGGCACAUACGGAGAGAUGGCGGGAAAUGCCUUUGAUGUGGGCGCUUCGUCCUUCAGUGUCUUGACGCUUAAGGACUCCAGCGGGCAGCCGCUUCCCCCCAUUGUAGCCAUUGCUGCAGGGGCCCGGCAUGUGCUGCUGCUUGCACAAGAUCUCCGUCUAUGGGCCUUUGGAGACAACAUCGCGGGGCAGUGCGGGCUCCCCAGCCACCAGGCGCGCUGCGUUGCACCCAAGCUUGUCAAGGUGGGGGAGAUGAAGUCGCGGGUCGCGAGGGUCUCUUGUGGACAUAGACACUCAGGAUGCAUCACCCCAAACCACCAGCUUUAUUUGUGGGGACACUCGGCGGAACACAAACUGAUUUUCACUGCUGCUACCGAAUGCAUCGUGGGAGGGGAGACACAGCCGGGGGUUGCCCUUCGUUCUGGGCUUAAGAGCGCUUGCUGCAGGCCCCGUUUAAUAUACUCCAUGCUGCACGAGAAGGUAUCUGUGCUGUCUUUGGGGCGCGACUACACCGUAGUUGUUACCGGCGACGGAGGCGCAGACCCCCAGUCCUCUCUGCUUGAAAGCAGCACUUCCGGUCUUCCCGAUCCCGCCCGCACAAAUAGCUGGGAGCCUUCGCCCCACAUCCUAACAGCUGCAGACUUAAAACGUAGCUCGUCGCAGGCAGUGCCACUCCCAGCCAAUUCCAUAGAUCCCCCAGGGCCCUCUCACGAUGGCGCCGGCCCUGACAGGCCCACUGGCCCCCCAGCUCCCUCAACACACCCCCACGGGGGCCCUGAACAGGGUGCCAAAAGGGCCCCCCAAGGGGGGCUUCAACAGCGCGAUAGCACCGCAGAACUGGAGGGGACCCCAUACCCACCAGUGCCAGGAAGCCCGCAGCUGGAGCCGGAGGGCCUCGCUGCUUCAGCGCCCGGUGACCCGCUUGCUGCCCCGUCUCCGUCUGUGUCAAUAUGGACAGAACGAAGUAAUGUAGGAGGACCCUGA